GACCAUUUGUGACAGGCAGUGACAGUCUGUAUCUGGCGCCGUUUUCAUUUUAUUGAACGACCGUUGAAAACUCGAGUACUGCCUUUAUUUGAAAAUGUGCAGCAGUUUGUGUUGAAUGUGAAUAUUCUGGAGCUUCACCUGUUAUUUAUAGUGCCAAAUCUAUUAUAAAUUUUAAACAACAUGCGCCGUGAGAUGUGAAAAUUAAAACGCAUAACCUGCCGACAAUGACGACCGGUGUAGAUGGAAAUCGUGAAAUAUUUUCUCAAAGACUUAUAUUGGCAGUGUUUUGGAACAUCCUGUUGCAGAGUUUUCUCGCGAUAGCGCUCGUCUUCGUUAUACAAAUUGAUCCGCUGCAUCCAUUGUCAUGGAUUACAUCUACAUUCAGAGAUAUUUUUGGUUGGAAGAUGGGCCUGAACAUCAUACUUCUAGCAUUAGUGUCGUUCUUCCAGGCCUACAUUUACGGAAGCUACUACUUGGUACCACUUCCCAAGUACUUCACAAGGUUCUCGAUGAUGUUGAAUAUGUUUACAUUGCAAAAUACAGUGUUUAGCUUGCUGUAUGCUCUUUGUGGCUACUUUACUAUGGGCUUGUAUUCGUCCUUGGCACAGAGCAACUUUAACACCUUGAAAAAGCCAUGUAAACUCUAUGAUGGACAAUGUCUCAUAGAACCAAGUCUGUUCCUGCAAUUUGCUGGAAUGUGGAUGGGACUUUACUACUACUUAAAUGUGCAUGUUUUUAGCACAAACAUACUGAUAUUCCCACAUGUGUAUCAAGAGAAAAUUCAGCAAUUAAAAAUGUCAGUUAGCAAUAUUGUUGCAACUGGUUUCAAGAAUGCAACACUUCCUGUUGCAUAUUACAGCUUUUUUUAUUAUUUGUGGGGAAGUAGACCUCGCAAUGUUGUUUCUGAUGUCUACAGCUUGUAUCUGGAAGAUCCACCGUUGGAUAGCUUUUUCAAUCUGAUUACAUCUGGCAUUUGGAUUGGACUCUGGCUCUACACUAGUCUGUUUCUGAUAUCAGUUUACACAAUGAAAUCUGUUUUCAACAUGAUACUGAUGGCACCUAUGAAAUUCCCUAUUAAGUCAGACAAUCACUUGAUGUUACAUAAAGCCUUAGAACAAAGAUCUCAGUUUAAUGGGUACCUGGCUGCUCAAGACUUUAGAUUGAUGGCAAUGACAGAUCCUGUUAGGAGAGCCCGUAUAUUCAAGCUUUCUCAACCUGGAGGUCAUCCAAGGAACUGGCAUAAUAUUUUGAAAGUGAGCAUAAAGAAUAUCAAUGACUUUAGCAAAGAACUGGAAAAUAUAAAUGGUGAUGGAAGAGCAUCUGAAUCAAAUAACAAACCUCUUGAUAUUUCACCUGAAAGAAAUCUAAUGUAUCCUGGGAAGUUGAGAAACAUGGCACAAUCCCCGGAACUGUACCAAAUGAAGGAUUAUAAUAAGAAUAAAGUUGCCAACACUUUUACAACCGUAAUGAAAGAGGAAGUCAAAACUUUUAUUCAUAAACUGUGCCAAAAGCCAGGAUUAAAUUUUUUCUUUGGAGAACUGACAGACACAAAGUUAAAGUUCUUGUUACUGCAGUCACAACCUAUAAUGUGGACUUGCGAGGGCUUGGCUUUCAUAGCUGCAGCUUCUCUGAAGGAAGACAAUUAUGGGAUUGUGCAGACUGAUUUGCCUAUUGUCAUCUCAACAUUAAUAAAUCUUAAGCAUAAUUUAGAUAAGUUGUCAAAACCAGGCCUGGUGCCUAGAAAACACAUCUUACAUGACGAACUAGCUAUUAAGAUGAAAUCUGCCCUUACUUCAGCUGUAAAAAGGAGUAUCUAUAAGAUUGUUAUAACUUUCUCUGAGUAUAUUAAUGAGAUACCUUUGGAUCCAGAGGUUUAUGUUGCUAUUCAACCAUUUUUAAUGUGCAAAGAAGCCUGAAUUAGACACUAAUAAAUUGAAAUAAAUUUAAUUAUGUAUAUUUUUUUAAACUUUUAAUAAUAUCUAUGGAUUUAAGUUUAAGUAGAUAUUUUUGUGGAAAUGAAACAGAUGCAUAAACACAAAUUUCUAUUUAAAA